AUGAACAUAAGCAUUUUUUUUGAUUCGACAUUUAAAGACAAUCUUAAAAAAAUUAAAAAAAAAAUUAUUUUACUUACAUUAUCAGAAAUAAGUUAAAAAUAAGGAUAAAGACCUCAGGAAAUAGAUAUUUCAAGCUUCAAAAGUAGUAAUGAGUAUAAGUAUAUCAAAGAACGUUCAGAAUUCAUAUAGUAAUAAUUAGAAUAACACAGCGAUUAGAAAAAUACAGAGGAAUGGAACUUAUUUUCUUUCUAUUACUUUAUCACUACUUAUUUUCUAGACAAAGAGAAUUACAAAAAAAAUUAUGAAUCUUGCAGACCAACUGAUGAUAAGUUAAAAUUUUGUAUAUAAUAUAUCACGGAAACAUUAUCAAAUGAUGAAAUAGAUAGUCUAAUUAAUAAAAAAGUAUAGGAUAUAUAGAAAAUAAUUAAAGAAGAAAUUUAAAUAGAUUAUGAAGAAAGUUAUCAAUCGCAGCCUUUUACUUUCUCUCUUUUUACAAUUAAAGAACGUGAAUACAAUUUCGAAAAGUUUUAAUUAGAAAGAAUUAAAUUGGAUUAAUAAUAAUUAAAAGAUGAAAAGGAUUUCUUAAAUGACUGGGUUGAAUGCUAUGAAAUCUGGGGAAACAUGAUUUUGAUAGACCAAUACAGAAAUAACAGAGUUUUGCUUUUUUUAUAAUCUUUAGACAACUUCUCAGUGCAAGAGUCAAAAACUAAUUUAAUAAGAAAAUAUGAAAUUUCUGAAUUCAAAUUUUUUGAUAAAUUUGAUUCAUUCUAUGUUCUAUUUUAUUCAGAGUAUAUUAGCACCCUAAAAUAAGAAGAUGAAGAUGAAAUAUAUUUUUAUUUUCUUUUUUUUUGUAUCUUGAACUUGCUUAAAUUUAACUACCUGUUUAUGAACAGAGAACAAAAUCUAGUCAAGCUGAUAGAAAAAAUCAAAAGUUUUAAAAGUAUUAAAUUUAUAUAAGGAUACCAGUUCCUUCUUAGAUUAAUGAUAGAUUUUCAAGAGAAGUUAACACUUUCUGAAUCGAAUGAUGACUAUAUUUCCUAAGAAUUUGAAAAAAAAUAUUAAAAUGAGAUUUUUAAGAAAAGCUUAGUUUAGUUAUUUAAAGAUUGGACUAAUGAAAAGUAUGAAGUUUCAGAAAAAUAUAUCAACAAAUAAUAGCUUCAGUUGUAUAUUGAUUCAGCAAAAAGCGUUUUGAUUCUGGCAAUUUUACCAGAUUUAGUUAGGUUUUAUGAUAUUAAUGAGAAAAUACCCUAUCAACCUACAAACCUAUAUAUAGGAUAUGCUUAGCAAAUUAUAAGAGGAAAAAGACUCUAUCUUAAAAAUCCUUAAGAAAAAAAAAAAAAUCUUGCUUAUUGGAUAGAGCUAAUAUAGAAUAUAGAAAAUACUAGAGAUUAAUAAUCCAAGAUAAAGAAUAAACCUGCUUCAAAGAUUUUUUGUCUAGAAAUCUGCAAAAUUAACUUAUUAACUUUAUAAUUACUCUAUAAAAGUGAAAGCUGUGAAAGAUAAAAUGUAGUAAAUUCAAGUGAAGCAGAAUUACUUAGGAAAUAAAUUUAAGAAUUAAUAUAAUAGAUAGGAAGCUAUUUUUAUUAAAGCCUUUAUAGAUAAAGAUAAUUUUACUAAACUCUUUGUUAUUUACUAAUAAAGGAAAAUAGUAUCAUGAAUUACUUGAUUAAUCAAAUUAUAAAAAAUAAAACUUCUAUUGAAUCCUAUUUUCAUUCUCACUUAUUUAUGAACUUGAUUCUCUCUUUCAAAUAAGAUUUCGAUAUCAGAAAUAUUGUUAACAUGAGAGUAAUUACACAUUAUUCUUUACAAUCGACAGAUAAGGUGUUUGAUAAUUUAAUUACAUAAUUCCAUGAAGUCCAUAAAUAAUUUAUCAUACAGACCAUAAAAACAGAUAUAAAUGAGCUACUAGAUACGAAAUAAAAAUUCGAAAAUAUAAUCAAAUACUAUGGUUUUCUUAAUAGAAAAAAGUACGAAGUUUUGAAAUUAAAUUUAAAAAUGUACAUUAAAUUUGUAGAAUUAAUGAUCGAGUUGAAAUCACCAUCCUAAUAUUCAACAUAUUCAUAUGAAGAGCUAGAAGAAAUAAGUCGUUCUUAGUUUAUUGUUAAAAAAGUAAAACUUGUAGAAAAUAAAGAAAGUAUAGUAGCUUUGAAAUAAUCAAAAGAUGAUGGAAAUGAUUAUUUAAAGUAAUAAAUGAGAGAAAUUAGUAUUCUUUCCAAUUUACCUAAAAACAAUCUCUUAAUUAAAUAUGUAGGUCAUUAAAAAAAUGAAAAAUAAUUUUAGAUAUUCUUAGAAUAUUUUGAGGGUAUAACUCUAGAAAAAUUCUUAUAAGAAUUAUAUAAAUAAUAAUAAGAUUAAAACCAUAAAGAUUUGAAAUUGCAAAAACUUUAAAUUUCUAAAUAAAUUCUUUAAGCUAUUGAAUAUUUGCAUGAGUACAAUAUUGUGCACGGGGAUAUCAAAUUUACAAAUAUUUUAAUUAACUCAAAGGGAGAAAUUAAGAUAAUUGAUUUUAGUGAAUCUAGUUUUAUGGUAGAAGAAACACUAGGCUAUACUAGAGGUUAUGAUGCUAAAGAUAAUGUUAAUACUAGAUAUGUUGAUUAUUAUAGCUUAGGAAUAUUGUUGAUUAGAAUUUUUUACUAAGGUGAUUUCGAAAUUGUAUGUAAUUGUUAAGAAGAAGGAAAAAUAUGUGGUAUGGAAAAUCAUGAAUAAUUUAUAAAUUAGGCAACUUCUAAAAUUGAUGAAAAAAAAAAAAAUUAAUAUUCUUAAAUUUUUUUUUAUUAAAUUAAAAGUUUACUGAAUGAUUAACCUUACUUAAGAUGUACUCUUAAAGAACUAAUUUAUAUAAUUGAUUUAGAAAUUGAUAUAAUUAAUAAUAAUUUUACAGAAACUUAGCGUUAAGAAUAUAUAAUAUAGGAUUGUUUAUUUAGAGUUGAAAAUAUAAUCUGUCAUCUGACUUAUGAUCAUCCUCCAGUCACUAACUCAAUUAGCGAAAACCAAAAUUAAAAUAGCAGCAAAAAUAACGAAGAAAAUAAACAAUAAGAAAAUGAAGAAUCUAAUUAAAAUAAUAAUUCUUAAGAAAAAUAGUAAAAUAUCAGUCAAAUAUAAAAUGAUUUUGUUGAUGAUUAAACUAUCCGUAAAUAAAAUCAAAAUAAUCAAAACAAUUUAAAUGAAAAUUGCAAAGAUAAACUAAAUUAAGAUUAAAAAAAUAACUUAUCAUUUUCAAAUAAUUUUUAAAAAAUAAAAUCUCUUCAAAACUUCUAAAAAAAUUAAAUUUAAAAUAUUCCAGAUUAAGAAAACCAAACUAUGAUUUUAGAAAGCUAUUUUAUUGACAAAAUAGAUAAAAUGGAAAAUGAGAUGGUUUUAAUUGGUUAUUUAAGAAAGUUAGAUUUAAACUUUCGUAAUCUAAAUAUAGAUUUUACUAAACUUAAAUUAAAGUCUAGAGAAUAGGUAAAAUAUAUUUUAUAAAAAUUGAUUGAAACUUUAACAAUUUAAAAAGUUUUGUCUUUAAUAUCAGAUAAUUAAAUUUAAGAGUUGCUUAAGAUAUUAUUUUUUAGCAUAAUAUUUUAAAAUAAAGAAAUUUAAAAAAAUUAAAAAAGAUAGAUAAAUAAUUUCUUUUUAUAAUUUAAAGAAUGA